AUGGGGAGUCCGCGCGCGCUGCUUCUCAUCUGCUCCUUUCUGCCUGGGCUCCUGAUCUCAGAGGCUGCCAAAAUCCUUACUCUGUCCUUGGUGGGUGGAAGCCAUUAUCUACUAAUGGACCGAGUGUCUCAGAUUCUUCAAGAUCAUGGUCAUAAUGUCACCCUGCUUCUCCAGAGAGCAAAUUUAUUGAUAUCAGGUUUUAAAGAGGAGGAAAAAUCAUACCAGGUUAUCACUUGGCUUCCACCUGAAGAUUAUAACAAAGAAUUCAUGAAGUUUUUUGAUUUCUUUAUGGAAGAAACUUUGGCUGGCAGAGACACAUUUGAAAGCUUUUUAAAGUUGAUGGAACUGCUGGGACUUCAGUGCAGUCAUUUGCUAAGGAGAAGUGAUAUCAUGGAUUCCUUAAAGAAUGAGAACUUCGACCUGGUGAUAGUUGAAAGUUUUGACUUCUGUCCUUUCCUAGUUGCUGAGAAGCUUGGGAAACCAUAUGUGGCCGUUCUCCCCUCCUCAUUUGGUGGUGUGGACUUUGGACCACCAAGACCCCUGUCUUAUGUGCCAAUGUUACAUUCCUUCCUGACUGACCGUAUGGACUUCUGGGGCCGACUAAAGAAUUUUCUGAUGUUCUUUGGUUUCUCCAUGAAGCAAUGGCAAAUCCACUCUAUGUUUGACAACACCAUCAAGGAGCAUUUCCCCGAAGGCUCUAGGCCAAUUUUGUCUCAUCUUCUGAAAAAGGCAGAGUUGUGGUUUGUUAACUCUGACUUUGCCUUUGAUUUUGCUCGGCCUCUUCUUCCCAACACUGUGUAUGUUGGAGGCUUAACGGCCAAACCUGUUAAAGCAGUACCACAAGAAUUUGAGAAUUUCAUUGCCAAGUUUGGAGACUCUGGUUUUGUCCUUGUGUCCCUGGGCUCCAUGGUGAGCAGCUCUUCAUCCCAGGAAGUUCUCAAGGAGAUGAACAGUGCCUUUGCUCAUCUCCCUCAAGGGGUGAUAUGGAAGUGUAAGCCUUCUCUUUGGCCCAAAGACAUCAAAUUGGCAGCAAAUGUGAAAAUUGUGGACUGGCUUCCUCAGAGUGACCUCCUGGCUCACCCGCACAUCCGUCUCUUUGUCACCCAUGGUGGGAUAAAUAGCAUCAUGGAGACCAUCCAACAUGGCGUGCCCAUGGUGGGGAUUCCCAUCUUUGGAGACCAGCCUGAAAACCUGUUCCGAGUAGAAGCCAAAAAGUUUGGUGUCUCUAUCCAGUUAAAGCAGAUCAAGGCUGAGACACUGGCUCUGAAGAUGAAGCAAGUCAUAGAAGACAAGAGGUACAAAUCUGCAGCAGUGGCCGCCAGCAUCAUCAGGCGCUCCCACCCUCUCACCCCUGCCCAGCGCCUGGUGGGCUGGAUCGACCACAUCCUCCAGACAGGGGGUGCUGUACACCUCAAGCCCCACGCAUUCCAGCAGCCGUGGCAUGAGCAGUACCUGCUUGAUGUCUUCUUGUUCCUGCUGGUGGUCACCGUGGGCACCUUGUGGCUCUGUGGGAAGCUGCUGGGCAUGGUGGCCAGGUGGCUGUGUGGAGCCAGGAAGCUGAAGAAGGCCUGAUGCCAAGUGCAGACUUGCAGGAUUGUAUUCGAUAUAGCUCACCAUUUCUUGGGAGCCUCCCACCAGUUCUGACAAUCCCUGUUCUCCACAUCAUAUCCACUUGCUAAUUUUGCUACAAAUUCCUGCUCACUGGCUUCUUCCUGUGAUCAGAUUUCUUUAGUCAGCACUUGUGGCCCUCUUUAUUUGCCAAUCAGCAAGGGCUGUUCCCUGAUUCUGUCCCUGGGUCAUUUGGACCAGUGACCCUCAGACUUUGAGCCUUGAGGGCCACCUUCCUUAUCACGUCCCUCUUCCAGGCACUGAGAGUGAACCAUUCCAGCCUCCAUGGCC